CUCAUAUACUUACACGCACUCUUCUGCUUCUUGCUUUUUGCAUAGCUCGGCUUCCAUCUCUAUCCCCGCAGCGAAUCGCAGAACGAGAAGACGGCGACGGCGACGGCGACGGCGACGAAGAUGGGAAGGGCUCCCGCUCGAGCCGCGGCGUGGCUGUUCUUCGCCCUCCUCCUGAGCUCCUCUGCGCACUCGUUCUACCUUCCGGGCGUCGCUCCUCGCGAUUUCACCACCGGGGAAGAGCUUACUGUCAAAGUGAACAAAUUGUCAUCUACCAAGACACAGCUUCCAUAUGAUUACUACUAUUUAAAGUACUGUAAGCCUGAGAAGAUUCUGAACAAUGCGGAAAAUCUGGGAGAGGUACUUAGGGGUGACCGUAUUGAGAAUUCUGUGUACAAGUUUCGAAUGAGGGAGGAGGAACCGUGCAAAGUGGCCUGUCGAUCGACUCUUAACACUGAGUAUGCCAAGAACUUUAAGGAGAAAAUCGAUGAUGAAUAUCGAGUAAAUAUGAUCCUUGAUAACCUUCCAGUGGCUGUUCUAAGACAAAGGAGGGAUGGGAGUCCAUCAACCACUUAUGAACACGGUUUCCGUGUUGGAUUUAAAGGAAAUUAUGCUGGGAGCAAAGAGGAGAAGUAUUUCAUCAACAAUCAUUUGAGCUUUAGAGUCAUGUUUCACAAGGACGAGCUGACUGAUACUGCAAGAAUUGUUGGAUUUGAAGUCACUCCUAAUAGUAUCAAACAUGAUUACAAGGAAUGGGAUGACAAAAAUCCUCAAGUGACGACAUGUAACGCAAAUACCAAAAAUUUAGUUCAGGGUAGCACUGUUCCUCAGGAAGUUGACACAGAUAAGGAAGUUGUGUUCACAUAUGAUGUCAGUUUCAAGGAAAGUGACAUUAAGUGGGCAUCUCGUUGGGAUACCUACCUCCUUAUGAAUGAUGAUCAGAUUCAUUGGUUCUCUAUCAUAAACUCCCUGAUGAUUGUCCUCUUCCUUUCUGGGAUGGUGGCAAUGAUUAUGAUGAGAACUCUUUACAGAGAUAUUGCAAACUAUAACCAGUUGGAAACCCAAGACGAGGCUCAGGAAGAAACAGGAUGGAAACUUGUCCAUGGAGAUGUUUUCAGGGCUCCUAUCAAUCCAGGUUUACUUUGCGUUUAUGUGGGAACAGGUGUUCAGAUAUUUGCAAUGGCUCUGGUGACCAUGAUUUUUGCUUUGCUGGGCUUCUUAUCUCCUUCCAACAGAGGGGGUCUUAUGACUGCAAUGGUACUCUUAUGGGUUUUCAUGGGCUUAUUUGCUGGUUACUCGUCGUCACGGUUGUACAAGAUGUUCAAGGGCACUGAGUGGAAGAAGACCACCUUGAAGACUGCCGUCAUGUUUCCUGGUAUUCUGUUUGCUGUUUUCUUUGUGCUGAAUGCCUUAAUAUGGGGGGAGCGAUCGUCUGGUGCUGUGCCGUUUGGGACAAUGUUUGCUCUUGUCUGCCUGUGGUUCGGUAUUUCAGUGCCUUUAGUGUUUGUGGGUAGUUAUUUGGGGUUCAAAAAGCCACCGAUGGAAGAUCCUGUGAAGACAAACAAAAUCCCGAGGCAGAUCCCCGAACAGGCAUGGUAUAUGAAGCCGGUCUUCUCCAUUCUCAUUGGAGGAAUUCUUCCAUUCGGUGCUGUUUUCAUUGAGCUGUUUUUCAUCUUGACCUCAAUAUGGUUGAACCAGUUCUAUUACAUCUUUGGCUUCCUCUUCAUUGUGUUCGUCAUCCUUUUGGUCACUUGUGCCGAGAUCACUAUCGUGCUCUGCUAUUUCCAGUUGUGCAGUGAGGACUACCACUGGUGGUGGAGAUCUUACUUGACUGCUGGCUCAUCGGCUCUCUACCUUUUCCUCUAUUCAGUGUUCUACUUCUUCACGAAAUUGGAAAUCACAAAGCUGGUGUCGGGCAUCCUCUACUUUGGGUACAUGAUGAUCAUUUCAUAUGCCUUUUUCGUCUUGACAGGGACGAUCGGCUUCUAUGCUUGCUUCUGGUUUGUUCGAAAGAUCUACUCCUCAGUGAAGAUUGAUUAAUCCAACCGCAGAAUAGACUGCCGAAUGAAACUUGGAAAGGGGGAAGCAGAAACUGCUACCUCUCGCGAGGGUCGCCACUUUGGUUUCUGGGAAUUGACGUACUGAAACUCUAAAUUCUGUUGAUACUAGUGUAGGGCUACGGCUGGUUUGUCACCUCUAUCGAAACUACAUGAACCGGAAGAUUUUGCCUGUACUUUAUUAUAGCCCUUUUUUCUCA